GGCCAUAAAAGCAUGACCAAUUUACAUCUUCUUCGCACAGGCACUUGCGCGCCACAGUUCCACUAACAAACAACGGGAUAUAAGAAAACAAAGGCGACUUCAAACUGAAGCUGGAUCUAAAGAUGAUGAAGAUGACGCGGCUAGUGUCACGUCCAGCAUAAGAUCAACAGAAGCGUCCUCAGUUGCCAAUGAUCCUACUGUAAUGGAUGAGAAGUAAGGCUUCAUGAAUUCAUGCUUAAUUAUUCUUCCCCGUUGAUGUUCUUUUCCAGGUUAAUGAAACAAAUACCAUAAUUUCUUUAUUAAGGCUUGGGGUAUUUAUUUCAAGCACGUUUCAAGGGGGGGGGGGGCGGGGGGGGUGAUGUUCUUAAUAGAAGAGGGUUUAUUUGAGAGAAGGGUGAAGCUUUUUCAAUUUAGCGCUGAAGAUGAUAGUAUCAUCUCCCUGUAAAGAACUAGAAUGCCAAGUUGAAAUGCUCGGGCACACUAAGUUGGAGGUCAAACAGCCGAAGAUCAAAAACAAAUCUGAACGUCCAGCUCAUGACUGCACUGGAAUCAGUCCACAUGAAGUGUUACAGUCGUGAUUAAUGAAUUCAAUCAAUCUGUCAUUUUAGAUUAACGGGGGAAGGGAGGGGAUGGGAGAGGGUAUCGGUAUUUCUAAUUAAGUAAAAUAAGUGUAAAAUCCUUAUUGACAACAGUUAGAUUAGUUGGCAAUUUUCAUGCGUGGCGAUAGGGAUGCAGCCACGUAUUUCUACAUACAUAUUAAAAACUUCCUGAAGGGACAUUCACAAAAUAUGUGGUUGCUUAAAAAGCAAAUGUCUAAAUCACAACAUCAAUUGUAAAGCAAGAUGCUUCAUAGUUAGAAAGUUGCUUACGUGUGUAAUCACUAAGAAACAGUCAACUGUUAUUGCUCUAUAGCUUAUCAUUACAUCUGUUUCUCUUUCUUUACAUUCCAGUAUAACAGAAUUUACCGGUGAAGAGGUACGUAUUCUGCAUUUUCCAUAUGAAUAAUGCAAACUGUAAUAACCUCCUUAUCGUAACUGUAGUUCGAUGAAACAAUGAAGGUUUGAACCAAGGAGUCAUUUCAUAAGUAGGUUGCAUGAUUAUGAUCGUCCGGGCGCGCGUAUUCCUGAAUAGGACUGUUGUUGACAGUGUCUGACGUUUUGACGACCUGUGCGGACAAUAGUCAUCUUCAGAGUCAAAUUGGCUUUUACCAUAGGUCAUUUGAUAUAGUCUUAUGGCCAGAACCUUGAUUAAUCAUACGUCUGUAACAGCCGUGAUCAUUAUGUGUAUCUGGGAAACUGCCCACCUACCCCUCCCCUAAGCCAACAUUUUGCUAAAUGUAUAAUGAUCCGAAACUUCAUCAAUGUGUUGAUUCUCAAAGGAACAAAAAAAAGCUGUGAAAGGUUUGCCUGCAGGAGGAGGUUGGAAAAUUUUGAGCUGUUGAUGCUAAAUACGUGAUAACUAAUUAGUCUUACUCUUGUUCUUUUAUCGUAUUUGUUGAAAGACAAAGUCUUGAUGCAUUCUUGUAACGUCGGCGCUGAAUUGUUUUUCCACAGCAUCCUCAGCCUACUGUAGUAUCAUUGCGGCUUCCAGAUAAGGUAAGACUUAACGACAACUGGUGUAGUUUAAACACGUAUAAGAAUAAUAGUUGAAAAAAUGCCUCACUAUCUUAUGCCCCACUCGUCGCAUCAGUUGACAGCAAAAACACUGUCAAAAGCUGUUUUAGUGAAAAGCAGUUUUAAACAGAUUUUUGUAGAGUAAGAAAAAUGGCACGGAGGCAGAGUGUGCUGUAAACCCGCGGUGGUUACUGCCACAAUUAUUUCGUAGAAAAUGGCAAUAAUAUGAAGUCUGUAGCUUUUUAUAGAAAGAAGACUCAGUUACAGAGCUGAAUUUUCCUUUUUUCCGUUUUGAUGUCUUUAAAAUGAAGUUUUUAUGUUUGGCCAGAAAAAAAUCUGCAUGGCUUUUCUAGCACGCUUUUUGAACUUAGUCUUGUCUUCUACAGACUGUAGUCAGAGCCUCCGAUGUUCGUGUGUCCAAUAGAGUCAACAAGGAGUCAGUGACAUUGAAAAGAUAUCCAACAGUUUACAACGACCUGACAGGAGAGGUACGUAAUAUGGCAUAAUGUUUUAUGGCAUUUUAAACACCAAAAAAGGAAGUUAAAGUUACGACGCGUAGAGGAUAAUUUUUCAUGAUUAAGACCUAAAUUCUUCUCACCACUGUAGGUUAUUCCAGGCAGGCAAAAAUAAUAAUUUUUUUGUGUUGGUGAUGUGGGUUUCACCUUGAUUUAGAUCGAUGCGCCCAUGGUCAAGUGGCUGGACAGAAACCUUUUCAUAGGCGAAGAAAUCAAAGAAGUUUAUGAAGAAAUAAUCAAGACUAUAGGAACAGACCAUCUUCUUUUUGAUCAAGUGAGUUGACCGAGAAAUCUCGGUUCCCUUGAUUAACGUGAAUGCCAGCUGUAACUUGCAUUACUUCGGCUAUGCCAUGUGCACGUUCCUUGCGUUUUAAUGCAAGGGUAUCCAUACAGUUCUUAUUUGGCGAAAAGAUAAGCCACUUUUUAUCGCUCUUUUCAUCGUAGGAUACGUACGUGGAAAGGCACGCCAGUACGGCCGAGGUUAGUUUAUGUACAUCAUCUUCCUCACUGGACAAACCUCGUGCGGAACGCCUUAUAAAUAAACACUUGAAAAAAGAAAUCCCACCGCCAUGGGGAAACAGCACCGCCGACAACUGGAGAAACAGGUACAAUUUCAACUAAGUUUACUUAUGUUGCGUUUGCUUGACAAGGAUGUGGUAGGUGCAUUCUACAUGAAAAAUAGUACCACAGGAAUUUCUGGUCAGUAUCUUCCAUAUAAAUGGCCGGGGUUAGGUUGAAUCCACCGAAUCAAGAGUUUAGAAUUACAUUCUGCAAUAUAACAAACGUACUACGUGACUAAACGAAGUGACGGGACCUGGGGACGAGGAUGCACAGGGAAGGGUUGCGCAGAUUACUGCGCAGUGGCUUAAACUGACUUGACUGACUUGGUAACUUAUUCACUUACUUAAACGUCUGUAUGUGUUACCUGUAUGUGCGCAGCCAUAUUAAUACUACCAAAGAGAGAGAAAUACUGAUUAUAAUGAUUUUUUGUUGCAGUCCAAAGUUUGGCGGUCUUGGAAGAGAAGACAUACUGCAGGUUAGCAAACUUACUAGUCAGUAUAUCAUUGCGAGACACCUUAAUACAUGCGUUGCCAACCAAAGUAGUGAACGUACGCAAUAGGACGGGAGAGGGAAGAAGACGGCAAACAUUGUGUGACAAGCGUGACAAUAAUUUUGUUUGAAAAAACUUUCCAGGAAUCUUCACGUUCUUUUAAACAGAUAUUUUUUUACAAAAGACCAGAAAACAUAAAUGUUACGAAAAGAUCAUAACAAAACACGCAAGUAAUCGCCUUGCCGUGUUUGCCACACACAAGCGUUUUAUCGUCCUAUUCUUUCUGCGGUCCUGGGUCAUUUAUGAUGUGAGGGUCUGUUUCCGCAGGCAAAACUGAAAAAGGGUGAUGACAAUGGUCAUGGUAAUAGAUCGUAUAACUCCUGGCUGGCCUGGUGGCGCAGUACUAUCACUACAGAUGACUUCCUCAAGUUCCUUUCCACACAGGUACGAUCACUCCCCAACCCAGUCCUCCCCCCAAGCGCUUUUCGCUUAGAAAAUGGGGAAAAGCCCAGUGGUUGAGGUUGUUCACUCUCCUAAGAAAUGCUUAUUACCUCAAGCACCACUACAAUAUUUUGUACGGUUUUACCAAGCCAUUUUUUCUUUGUUUGUGUUUAAGUUUUACACUUUGUAAUCAAUUAUUUUUAGUCUGAACCUACCAUGAUCAAUUUAAUUGUUAUCAUUUGAACGCAAAAACCAUACAUGCACAAAGUCAUCACUGGCGAAUUUGCUGUCUCGACUACUUUACAUGUACAGUGUAUAAAAUAAACGUUUUGUCGAUCAAAAUGCCAUGUGUUUUGCAGGAAAAUGACUAUAUGUCGCUGCUAUUUCAUUUAUACGACUCUGAUAACGAGGAAGAUGCCGAGGGGGAUGGGAACGAGGAUCGUCCAGACACUCUUCAAAUGGCUUUGAUAAGGUACACGCUGACCAGAAAAUUCAUGAACUAGCCGCAUCCUCAGAAGCAGUCUAAAUAAGUGGCCGAACUUGACUACUGAAGUGUGAGCCUUUUCCUCAUCCCAGUCCUCAACGGGGCUUUUCUUGCGUAGGGCGGCUGGGUCAAUGAGACGGCUGACACUUCUAUCUACCUUCAUAUGCAAAUUGAAUGUAUCCAGCCUAGCCUGGGGUCGAGGUUGGAAUGUAUUUCAUCUGUUAAUUCACAUUGCCUCUUUUUUUCGUCUUAUGAGAAAGACUGGAAUGGAAGUUUUGUCGUUUAUUCCGAUUUCAGAGAAAGAGAAAGAAAGCGAGCUGAACUGAAAUCGUUAAAAUCUGAGUAUAAACCAGGUGUAUGGAAUGUGAACAGUGUUCUCCUGGGAGGACUUGGAAAUGAACCUGAUGUUAAUGGUAAAUAUUUUCCCUUUGUUAGUUCUUAAAAGCAUCAGAACACUCCAUACAAUAGAAAGCUGGUACCGAACUCAAGAAGAAAAGAGACUGUCAGUCAUAAGAGACCUUUCUUCUUCUCCCGCGCGCGCGUGACCUACGACUCGCACGAUGUCCAAACAGAGGUCUUUUGCUAACUAAAGGCUAUAUUUGUUAGCGGGGGUGGGGAGAGGAGGAUGCACUUUUCUCCUCUUGUCUGUCUUCACCCUGGUGGUGUAUACAGGCCACAGCAUAAAAUACUGAAGAGGGUAACCCAGCGACAGUCAUUACAUCUAGGGAGCGAAUAUCAUGUUCCCGCGGCUUGACUCGUUCGUGAUAAGAAGUGAAAGCUGUAAGAAUUGAAGCAAUAUUCCUAGUUUUGUUACAUGUAUCACAGUGUGUCACUGACAAGGAUGGUUAAUCUGGGGCAGUGUGUUCUAUUGCCUGUGCCAUACUGAAUGCCACUGUGUCUUUCUAAGCAAGGUAUCAGCCCCCUUUUCAAACAUGUCUGCUUUAUGUGUGAAUACUUUUCGUUUUAAAAAUCUGUUACCACAGAUAAUGCUUUUCAAGUAUAUAUUUGAACUUUUUAGAUGAAGAACUCAUGGCCAACCUUGAGGACACGUAUCUUCCUGUGCCGGGCACAGUCACACCAAGUAAACAGCCAACUGUAAUGGUCGGCUCGCCACUGGCUCGCUCUGCUAGUAGUAUCCAGUCCUUGGGAUCAAACACGACUGGAAAUUCAGACCAGCAUAAACUGGAGGCUACACUGAAAGUGAAUUCUGUUGGUUUUAUGACUCAAGCUUCCACCACUGCCAGAGGAGAAAGCGCUAGUACAAGCGAGGCAAGUGUUAAGAUAAACUUACAAUUCUUAUGAGCCUCUCGGCUUCCCUCUCAGCGAGCUCAAGUAAUGGUUUACCGUUUUGUAUUGUGGUAGGCUGGUUCACUGUCGCCUCAAGAGCGCUUGGAAAGGAUAUGGAUGCUACUGUGUAUGCCAGAUGCUCAAAGGUUGGACAUGGCAAUAAAAUAUAGUGCAGACCCAUAUAGUACGCGUCUGAUAGAGGUAAGGAAAGGCUUUGUUGGUCCUCAAGAGACAAUCAUUCUCUCUUGCUUUCACUUUGGAAAAGCUCGGGACACUACUCAUUCUUUAGGCACGGUUUAACGACUGGUCUUACUGUUGCAGUCUCUUGCCUCCUGGGAAAUAGCCACGGAGGUCAUACUGGAGCGCGAGAGUUUAAUGACCAAGCUUGAGGACUUCGAAAGAGCUGCCUCAGAUCCUAACAGGUUUUUCGUCAAAGGUAAAAAUAUACGUUUAAUCUCAAACAGGAAACUGGAAAUUUCCUUGAAAUUUGUUUAGGCUGGUGGUUGAAUUAUGUCAAUUGUCUACACCAGGUACUAUCGGCUCAUCGGCUGAAAGAAUCCGCGAGUCCAAGACAAGAGAUUCGUUUAACAAGGUAAGCAAUAAUAGCCUUGGCAUUAUGGCCUAGCUAUUAUCGGUAAAUUGUGUCGCCUCAAAUUUUAACGUUGAGUUUACUUGUAUCCCGAGUUAAAGUUUGCAAUUACAGUUAGGACUAUAGGACAGUUGUUACAAGAACUGGUAUCGCGUCAUGUCGGUGGCAAAUAAUAUGAAUGUGUUUUUUUGUCUUGUUUCAGCGCCUGUCACAAAUUGAUAGUAACGUCAGAAGGGCGGUCACGGAUGUUCAGAGCCAGUUUGGAGACAUCGUCACAUUUCAGGUAUGCUGGUUAUGGUAUGAUCAUAGCGGAGCGAAUGCCGAUAAGUGCAAGAAUGAACUAAAGGCUGUUUAAAGGGGAAUUUCUUGUCAUACGUUUUCUAAAUUAUAAACAAGUGAACGAACCAAAAUGUUAGUCAGUUGAAAUUCGUAACCCUUUUUUCGUUCGACAGGGUCGUCCAUACUUGGAGAAAAUGAGCCUGGAUCGAACCGAGAUGUUUUAUUGGUUACAACAGGAACGGCGGCAACAGGUUAUGGAUAAAGACCUUGUAAAGAUGAGAGAAGUUACUCUCAACUCGCCAGAUCUGCCCCCAAUUCCAGCACAUAUAAUACUGUAAAUGAAAUGUUUAUUUAAAAUAAUAGAGUGUUUGUAUAUAAUAAAAUGCUACGGAAA